AUGCCGUCGGCCUUGUUUGAUAAAACGAUACCUCGGGAUCUAAAUGACAUCUCACCAAUUGCCUCACUAGAGGCUCUCGACACGGAAACGUUCGCGACCCUUGUCACGGAGGUGAUUCCGAGAUUAUCUAGACGCGGAGGUGUGGGUGCCGCCGAGUCAAAGACACCAUUUUACACCAAAUUUCUCGAUAUUGUCCAAAGGCGAGCAAAUGAGCCGGCCGUGGUCUCGGCCAUCGCGGCUAUAAUCACGCAGCCAGUCAACUCGGAGGACGACCUGCAUCGGGUGCUCGGGGCGCUCCACCUCGUAGUCUGCGAGCUUCCCGAGGACCAAAUCCUGCCCUACCGCGAGACCCUCGUCGCCGUGUCGGACCCCGACGCCGAGGGCCGCGGCGACCGCUUGUUUACGGGCUGGGUAUCGCCGCAGGCCAAGGAUCUGCUGCGCUUCGUGGACCGCCGCGACGAGGCCUGGGUCUCCGAGCACAAGGCCGACUACAUGGGGACGCGCAGCCUGCGCGAGCGCGUGCGCACGGCGCGGGAGAUGCGUCCGUUCGUGCACGAUCUGCUCUCUUGGCUGCAAGACGGCAACUGGCCGCCCUACAAACCCUGCGAGGAGCAGCUGGCGCGGUUCCCACAAAUCGCCGUCAUGCCCAUACAAAAGAUCUUGAAGGAGUCACGGGGCGAUGGGGGUUGGAUUAAUAAUCUCUUGCGUUUUGUCCAGGACCACGUUCCAGUCGGGCGGAGCUGGGAGUCGAUAUAUCCCCAGGUCAAGGCUCUAAUUGAUGCGCCGCAGGGUGACGAGGACGAGUGGGAAACGGCCGAGUGUGCUCAAGAGUGGCUGGAUGUGUUGAAUCGCUGGAGGAGCUCACAGGAAGGGCUCCGAUGUGCGUAG